UUUGAAGGUGGACAAUGGGAUGUAGCCGGUGAGAUGGAAUAUCAUGAGAGACCUGCUUCUUUUCGCCAAGCCCGCCUCAACCCCUUUGAUCGGGGUGAGGAGGAGGGCGGCCCCCCAGGGGGUAAAACCCCCUCUCGAGAUGCAAAGGCCUGGAGAAUGGAUGAGCCGGCAACCUGAUGACACUGCAGCAGUCUCUUAUGGAAGAUGGAGUAGUGCAGUAGCCUGAUGGGAAGUCAGUUCAUGUUGUCUGUGCAGCCAGUCUGCAUCUGCAAGUUUAGUGCUGCAACCGGUACCAGAGCAAGCUUUGUCUGCAGAACUAUAGUCUGCAAGAGAUGGAACAAUCUAUACAUUUUGAAAUGAUGUGACUGACUGUACAGCUAAACAACAGCAUAGACUGAAAGAGGAAGAAGGCUGCUGUCCUUUCCAUAUCUCUGUUGCUUAAUAUCUGAUUUAGUACCACUCUUGCAACAGCGCCCUAACCAUUAUGAGCUCAUCAAGAACAUCAACUGACCUUGGAUCUGUAGUUAUGGGCCAAAAGUAAUGAGAGGAACUGAGACAGGAGCAUUAGGUGGUACUGUGGUUCAGAACGAUUCCUGUAAUCAUAUGCCUACACUUAGCCUAGUUCACUAGAACACUGUCUAGGUUUCAGCUGCAUCUGUCUGCCUCUCCAGCACUUUCUGGCAGCCAGCGACUCAGGAUGUCUUGUCUCUCGCUACCAUGAUGUCAUCUGAGGUGUAUGCAGAGCUGAGACCUGAGCUCUUCUCCUCUAAGAGCAGAAACCAGAGUUUGGACCGAGCCAUGGACCUGGGACUGGCAGAGGACCACUUCUCUCGACCUGUCGUCCCCGUGCAGGGCUCGUUUGUAGCGUCGGACAUUGAGCAGCUGAAGAUGGCCAUAGAGGAGUGUAAGAGAUUAAUCCUGGAGCUGCCUGAGCAUUCAGAGAGACAGAAGGACACUGUGGUCAAACUCAUCCACCUACGCCUCAAACUACAGGAGCUCAAUGACCCUGAAGAGGAUGAGCCAAACCUGAGGGUACUAUUGGAGCAUCGUUUCUCCAAGGAGAAGAGCAAGAGUGUGAAACAGACGUGUGAUAAGUGCAGCACUAUCAUCUGGGGCCUCAUCCAGACCUGGUACACCUGCACAGGAUGUUACUACCGUUGCCAUAGCAAGUGCUUGAACCUCAUCAACAAGUCCUGCGUGAGGUCAAAGGUCAGCCACCAGUCAGAGUACGAGCUAAGCAUCUGCCCAGAGAUCGGGCUGGACCGGCAGGACUACCGCUGUGCUGAGUGCCGCAUGCCUGUGUCACUAAGGGGCGUGCCCAGCGAGGCCAGGCAGUGUGACUACACGGGCCAGUACUACUGCAGCACCUGCCACUGGAAUGACACCGCUGUCAUCCCUGCACGCGUCAUCCACAACUGGGAGUUUGAGCCACGCAAGGUAUGUCGUUCCUCCAUGCGUUACCUGGCCCUGAUGAUACCCCGGCCUGUACUGAAACUGAGGGAGGUCAACCCACUGCUCUUCAACUUUGUGGAGGAACUAGUGGAGAUCAGGAAGCUCCGUCAGGACAUCCUACUGAUGAAGCCCUACUUCAUCACCUGUAAGGAGGCUAUGGAGGCACGGCUGCUACUGCAGCUCCAUGAUCGCCAGCACUUUGUGGAGAACAAUGACAUGUACUCGCUGCAGGAUUUGAUUGACAUCUCUAGUGGCAGACUCAGCUGCUCUCUCACAGAGAUCCACACUACCUUUGCCAAGCACAUCAAACUGGACUGUGACCGGUGCCAAGCCAAAGGCUUUGUUUGUGAGCUGUGUAAGGAGGGAGACAUCCUGUUCCCGUUUGACAGCCACACCUCAGUGUGCCACGACUGCUCUGCUGUCUUCCACAGGGACUGUUUCUAUGACAAUUCCACAACUUGCCCGAAAUGUGCCCGGAUGACCGAACGCAAGCACGACGAUCCGCCGGAUCCGAAAGACAAGUAGCCCUGUCGAUCUAAGCCUGUCACUGUGACGGACAACCUGUGGGAGUGGCCAUGGCACUUUUUCUUAUGUUGAGGACCAUCAAGACAUUUUUAUGACACAAACAUGACUAGCUUUCCCUCUUGCUCUCUCUCUCUGUUGUUUUGUGGGGAUGUUAAGUUACUUUGUUCCAGUUCAGUGGACUAUGGAAGAUGGUAGCAGGAUACUAGAGUUUGAUAUGAUCCGGUAAUGAAGUGUGAUACUCUGAGACUGGCUGCACUGUAUAGCCCACAGUAACGCAUCCCUGAGCACUUAACCAAUGUUGUAAAGUUUGUGUGUUACUGUGAGAGAGUACUGUAUGGGCAUCAUGUUGCAGGCAUGAAUUGCAAUGUGGGUCACAUAAUUGUCUUUACCUCUUAACAAUCAAAUAUCUUUAACUACCUUGAAGUAGGUGUUAAAUUCCAAAUUAAUCUUAACAAAUCAAUUUAACAAAACUACCAUUCACCUCCAGGCCUUAACUGACAUCGAUAACGAGACAGGUAUUUUAAUGAGGUUAGGUCGUAGCUCUUCAAGACUUCCUCCCUAUGGGCAUGAGGUAUUUCACCCCACUGUUGUGAAACAAUGCGUUACAUGAUGGACAAUGACACUAAAAUGUUUUUUUUAUUGUUUAUUUGAACACCACAGAAUUAUCUGCCUGAAACACUUAAGAGAACAUGUGGUAUGUAUGUUAUGUCUUAGGGAACUUUAAUCUAGUACCUUUUUUACAGUAGAAUUAUUGGGCAGCCAUGUAAACAAUGUCAAGAGAGUAAAGUGAAGGAGAGCUCAUUAUGAUGUGCUGAUUAACUAUAUCUUAAGUUGACACACUGUAUGCUGACAUAUUUGGAAUUCCAAUUGAACACUGUGUGCAUUUACCCAUUGAUCAAGUGAUCUAUUUACAGUAUUUUGUGAGGGGUUUUGCAGCCCGCAUCAAGGUAUGGCACAUUAUUUUCAGAGAUGAGAAAGCUGACGAAUGAUACUUCUGGGGACAUGAGCAUGAUGAUGUUGACAAAUUAUUUGUUUUAAAAUAAUGAGUAUUUGGCUGUGUUGUGUUUUUCUCUACAUAAUGAUCUUCAUAACAUGCAAGUGUAAUGUUCCAUGUGUUAGUGAAAAUCCAGAUAUUAACAUGAACUGUAAGAUCAUGUGAAGUUGAGCAUGAAUAAUGUAUUAAUAAAUUCUAUGUUGUGA